CUGGAGCGGUCCCUCAAGUCCCACACCAUCGAGGUCUCAGCCAGCGACUUCCACGGCCGGCAGGUCUCCCUGUGGGAGCUCCUCUUCUCCAAGUACGUCUCCCAGGCAAAGAGGCAGGAGCUGCUGGGGAAGGUCCGUGCCAGGAGCCUGGCGCUGGACGAGCUGGCAAGGCUCCUCACCGUCCUGAUCGAGGAGGCGGUGGAGAGGAGCAGCAGCGUGAAGUUCACGGGCCUCAGGAGGCAGGUGACCGCCUCGGACCUGGUGGACUCGGGCAUCAUCGACAAGGACACGCUGGCCGACCUGGUCCAGGGCUCCAAGACGGUGCAGGAGGUGACGGAAAUGGCCUCUGUCAAGCGCUACCUGGAUGGCACGGGCUGCAUCGCCGGCCUGCUGGUGCCCUCCAAGGCCGACCCCAGCAAGAUGGAGAAGAUGACCAUCUAC